AAAGCUUUUCUUUACAGACUACGGGAAUGCUGCCAAGGUUGAGAGAUGUGACAUGGAUGGAAUGAACAGGACGUGGAUAGUAGACUCUAAAAUUGAACAGCCAACUGCUCUUGCACUAGACCUCAUCAAUAAAUAUGUGUACUGGCUUGACAUAUAUCUGGAUAGUGUGGAAGUUGUUGACUAUCAAGGGAGAAAAAGACAUACAAUAAUUAAAGGCAGACAAAUUAGGCAUCUUUGUGGUUUGGCAGUAUUUGAAAACUAUUUAUAUACCUUUAAUUCAGAUAACCUCAGCAUUUUACGAAUAAACAGAUAUAAUGGCACUGAUGUUCAGUCUCUUGCUGGACUUGACAAUGCUAAAGAGAUCCGUGUAUACCAGAAAAGAGCUCAAACACCAGUCAGAAGCCAUGCAUGUGAAGUGGACCCAUAUGGAAUGCCGGGGGGAUGUUCACACAUCUGUCUGCUCAGCGGCAACUACAAGGCACGGACUUGUCGCUGCAGGACUGGCUUCAUCUUGGGGAGCGAUGGCAGGUCAUGCAAAAGACCAAAGAAUGAACUGUUUCUUUUUUAUGGGAAGGGACGCCCAGGAAUAAUACGGGGAAUGGACCUGAAUACCAAAGUAUCUGAUGAAUACAUGAUCCCCAUAGAAAACUUGGUCAAUCCUCGUGCUCUGGACUUCCAUGCCGAAACCAAUUACAUUUACUUUGCUGAUACUACCAGUUUCCUAAUUGGACGUCAGAAAAUUGAUGGCACAGAGCGAGAAACAAUCCUCAAAGACGAUCUUGAUAAUGUAGAAGGCAUAGCAGUGGACUGGAUUGGAAAUAAUCUUUAUUGGACAAACGAUGGCCGCAGGAAAACGAUUGCUGUAGCCAGACUGGAGAAAGCUGCUCAGAGUAGAAAAACUUUGUUGGAAGGAGACAUGUCCCACCCUAGAGGAAUUGUUGUUGAUCCUGUCAAUGGCUGGAUGUAUUGGACAGACUGGGAAGAAGAUGAAAUAGAUGACAGUGUGGGAAGAAUUGAGAAGGCAUGGAUGGAUGGCUACAGUCGGCAGAUUUUUGUAACAUCAAAGAUGCUAUGGCCAAAUGGUUUAACUCUGGACUAUCGUGCCAAUGUAUUGUACUGGUGUGACGCCUAUUAUGAUCACAUUGAAAGGAUAUUUUUGAAUGGAACUGACAGAAAGGUAGUCUACAGUGGAAAAGAUUUGAAUCAUCCUUUUGGACUGUCACAUCACGGAAAUUAUGUUUACUGGACAGAUUACAUGAACGGGUCAAUUUUCCAGUUGGAUCUGGUUACAAGGAACGUGACACUGUUAAGAAGUGAGAGACCACCUUUGUUUGGGCUCCAGAUUUAUGAUCCACGUAAACAGCAAGGUGAUAAUGCAUGUCGUGUUAAUAAUGGAGGCUGCAGCACUCUUUGUUUAGCCAUUCCUGGAGGCAGAGUUUGUGCCUGUGCUGAUAAUCAGCUUCUGGAGGAAAACAGUACCACCUGCACGACUACCCAUGGAGAAGUGCCACCGCAGUUGUGCAAAGCUGAACAGUUCCAGUGUAACAACAAGCGCUGUAUCCAGGCUCGCUGGCGCUGUGAUGGGGAUGAUGACUGUCUGGAUGGCAGUGAUGAGCAUUCAGAAAUUUGCUUCAAUCAUAGUUGUCCUGAUGAUCAGUUUAAGUGCCAGAAUAAUCGCUGCAUUCCCAAGAGGUGGCUUUGUGAUGGAGCUAAUGAUUGUGGUAAUAAUGAAGAUGAAUCAAAUAAAACCUGUGCAGCAAGAACGUGUCAGGUUGACCAGUUUUCUUGUGGGAAUGGACGCUGUAUUCCAACAUCGUGGCUGUGUGACAGGGAGGAUGACUGUGGGGAUGAAACCGAUGAGAUGACAUCCUGUGAAACUCCCUCUCCUGGAAGAUGCAAUGGGAAAGAAUUUCAGUGCAGUCCUGAUGGGAACUGUGUUCCUGAGUUGUGGCGCUGUGAUGGAGAAAAGGACUGUGAAGAUGGUAGUGAUGAAAAAGGCUGUAAUGGAACUAUACGACUAUGUGAUGAAAAAACAAAGUUCUCCUGCAAGACUACAG